UGUAUGCGCAUAAACAAUUAUUAAUUUCCUGUCGCGGGUAAGAUGGCAACAGUUUAGGGUUUGUGUAUACUUUUUAAUGAGAGGUGCUUCUCCGUCAGAAAUUACAAGAGAGAUAAAACAUGGCACCAAAAAGGAACAAUAUGAUACCUAAUGGCCAUUUCCACAAGGAUUGGCAAAGAUAUGUUAAAACCUGGUUUAACCAACCUAUGCGAAAAAAGAGAAGACAUGUUCAACGUGUGAAAAAAGCCAGGCUCAUUGCACCAAGACCUGCUGCUGGUCCAAUUCGGCCCGUAGUUCGAUGCCCCAGCUUUAGAUAUCAUACAAAACAAAGACUGGGUCGUGGAUUCUCCUUAGAAGAACUCAAGGCUGCAGGAAUACAUAGAAAAGAAGCAAGGACCAUUGGAAUAGCUGUUGAUGUCAGACGAAGAAAUAAAAGUGUUGAAAGUUUACAGAAAAAUGUUCAAAGGUUAAAGGUGUAUAAAUCUAAGCUUAUUUUGUUCCCAAGGAAGCUAAGCAAGCCUAAGAAGGGAGAUGCAACUGAGGAAGAAGUUAAGAUGGCCACCCAACUAAAGGGAGUUAUCAUGCCUGUGAAGAAGCAUUAUACCAGAGAGAAAGCACGUGUACCUACUGCACAGGAAAAGAAAUUCAAUGCUUUUGCAACGUUGCGCACUGCUCGAGCUGAUGCCAGGUUGUGGGGUAAAAGACAAAAGAAAGCCAAGGAAGCAGCAGAAAGUUUAGAAGCUGCUCCUAAAAAAGCUAAAUAAGAAGUAGUUGAAUAAAUGUUUUCACUUGCUCUCA